CGCGGAGAACGUCCGCCCUACUCUCCCCACGUUCCGUGCUCGUGCGCAGAAGCGUCGUCCCUUUUUCAGGGGAGAAGAAAGGUGGGCACGCUCCCUCUUUGGGGAGUGAGGGAGGGCUCCGAAGGGAGAGGGAGGCCAGACAUAUUGGGGAUCGCUCGGGGCCGGCGCUGUUGACUCCCGGACUGCCGCCAUCUGUGGCCGAGAGGCGCGCCUUCGCGAGCACUCGCUGCCUUUCCCAACCACCCCGAAAAAGAAAGGAUGAUUCGGAUUUGACCCCCGUCGUCUGCACCGCUGCGUCUGUCGUCCCCACCCCGUUGUCGUCGAAUUUCGGUCGUCCACUCGUGCACCGAAAGGAUGCCGUCGUUGCCACCAUGUCUUCCACACUGAACCGCCCCUGACACACCGUCGCCUUCGAACGCAGGCCGAGCUCCCAGCCAUCUGUGCCCACCUCCUCGCCCUUGUUGCUCUUGAGAGGAGGUGGCCAUGUCGUCUGUGAAAGUGGCAGUGAGGGUGCGGCCCUUCAACAACCGCGAGACGAGCAGGGACUGCAAGUGCAUCAUUUCUAUGAGUGGAAACACAACAGCAAUCACAAAUCCCAAGGCACCACCCGGUUGCAAGGAAGCCGCAAAAAGUUUCAACUAUGACUAUUCAUAUUGGUCCCAUGAUCCCACAGACGUUCACUUUGCUACCCAAGACAAAGUCUAUGAUGACAUUGGAGAAGAGAUGCUCCUGCACUCCUUUGAAGGGUACAACGUAUGCAUCUUUGCCUAUGGGCAGACAGGUGCAGGGAAAAGCUACACCAUGAUGGGGCGUCAGGAGGAAGGGCAGGAAGGCAUCAUCCCGCACAUCUGCAAGGACCUCUUCCGCAAAAUCAAAGAGGACGUAUCCGAGGACAUGCUCUACUCUGUCGAGGUGAGCUACAUGGAAAUUUACUGCGAGCGAGUGCGGGACCUUCUUAACCCAAAGACCAAGAACAACCUACGAGUCCGUGAGCACCCUCUGCUGGGUCCCUACGUAGAGGACCUCUCCAAGUUGGCUGUCACCUCCUACCAUGACAUCCAUUCGCUCAUGGAUGAAGGCAACAAGGCCAGGACUGUAGCAGCCACCAACAUGAAUGAGACCAGCAGUCGCUCACAUGCUGUGUUCACCAUCAUUUUUACCCAAAGGAAGACGGACAAGGACACAGGUCUUGCCACAGAACGGGUGAGCAAGAUUAGCCUGGUGGAUCUAGCUGGAAGCGAGCGGGCCGAUUCCACAGGGGCCCAAGGAACUCGGCUGAAGGAAGGAGCAAACAUCAACAAGUCGCUCACCACUCUGGGCAAGGUCAUCUCGGCGCUCGCUGAAGUGGCGACCAAGAAGAAACGCAAGGGCGACUUCAUUCCCUACCGGGAUUCAGUUUUGACCUGGCUUCUAAGGGAAAAUCUGGGUGGCAACUCGAAAACAGCCAUGAUUGCGGCAAUCAGCCCGGCUGACAUCAACUACGAGGAGACCUUGAGCACGCUGAGGUAUGCUGACAGAGCGAAGCAGAUAGUCUGCAAAGCUGUCGUCAAUGAGGAUGCCAAUGCUCGACUCAUCAGGGAGCUCAAGGAUGAGAUUUCUCGUCUCAAAAACCUGCUGCUGGCUGAAGGGAUCGAUGUUGAUGCUGAUGACAACAUGAAUGUGGAGACUGGCAAGCGGAAACCGCACCUAUCCGUCUCUGCGGCCUCGGAGAAUGCAAUAGAGCAGCUCCAGGAGUCUGAGAAGCUUAUUGCUGAGCUCAAUGAGACCUGGGAAGAAAAGCUGAAGAAGACAGAGGCCAUACGGCUACAGAGGGAAGCGGUUCUAGCUGAAAUGGGCGUAGCCCUCCGUGAAGAUGGUGACACUGUAGGUGUGUUUUCCCCUAAAAAGACUCCUCAUUUAGUGAAUCUUAAUGAAGAUCCACUCAUGUCUGAAUGCCUCUUGUAUUACAUAAAAGAUGGGAUAACAAGAGUGGGAAGGCCGGAUGCAAAUGUAGCUCAGGACAUCAAACUUAGUGGCUCUCAGAUUCUGAACGAGCACUGCUGCUUUGAGAAUAACGAAGGCACCGUCACCCUGUGCCCAUGCCAAGGGGCCCUCGUCUAUGUCAAUGGGCGGGAGAUUGUCGACACCGUUCAGCUGAAGACUGGCUCUCGAGUAAUCUUGGGGAAGUCUCAUGUGUUUCGGUUUCAGCAUCCUGAGCAAGCACGGGAAAGUAGAGAGCGGAAGUCACCAGCUGAGGUGCCUGAAAAAGCCCAACCAGAUGAAGGUGACCGCCUUGAAUUGUUGACCUCAGGCAAGAAGAUGGAUGACUCUGUUUACUCAAAUGGUGGAGAGCCGAUGGAUUGGUCCUUUGCACAACUUGAGCUGUUGGAAAAACAAGGCAUUGAUUUGAAGCAAGAAAUGGAGAAGAAGCUUGUAGCUUUGGAGGAGCAAUACAAAAAGGAAAAAGAAGAGGCCGACCAGCAGUUUGAACAAGAGAGGAAGACAUAUGAAGCCCACAUUGAGCGUCUGCAGCGACAAGUAGAGGAACAGUCCAUGAUUUCAAGUAUGUACAGUGCCUGCACCAUAGACGAAACAAGCGCUGCUGAAGACGAUGCUGUCUUUGACCAGCCCUGGAGUGAUCGGGAGUACCAGGUCGCCGCUUGGGCCUUUCAAAAAUGGAAAUACCACCAGUUCACAUCUCUCAGGGACGAUCUCUGGGGCAACGCAAUCUUCCUCAAGGAAGCCAACGCCAUCAGUGUGGAGCUGAAGAAAAAGGUGCAGUUCCAGUUUGUCCUUGUCACGGAUACACUGUACUCACCGCUCCCGCCAGACCUGAUUCCUCACGACGAAGCGGAUGAGUUUUUAGACCAGGAGCGGCCUUUUCCUCGGACACUGGUUGCCGUUGAAGUGCAAGACACAAAAAACGGGGCCACCCACCACUGGACGCUGACCAAACUAAGACGUCGCCUGGAGCUAAUGCGCAAUGUGUACAAUGAGGACACCUGGUCCCCCGGGAGCCCCGAAUCUCGGGAGGACCCACUGCAGUGCUUGAGCACGUCAGCUGCCCUGGGCCUGUCCAGUCUCAUCCCCUCCAAGACAAGGCAGCGUCUGGAGCUGAUGCGUGAGAUGUACCACAAUGAGGCUGAACUGUCUCCAACAUCUCCCGACUACAAUGUGGAAAGCAGCAUUACAGGUGGCGAUCCAUUCUAUGACCGGUUCCCAUGGUUUAGGCUCAUCGGCAGGGCCUUUGUGUACCUCAGCAACUUGUUAUACCCUGUGCCACUUGUGCAAAAGGUGGCCAUUGUUAAUGAGAAAGGCGACGUAAAGGGCUAUCUACGAGUCGCUGUACAAGCCGUCAUAGAUGAUGAGGAGAGCACGGACUGCAGCACAGGAGUACGCCAGUCAGCAAGAAUCAGUUUUAAUGAUGAACUUUUUGACACUGCAAAGAAAGAUCAUUGUGUAGAAGGUUCGUCACCCUGCCUUGAACAAGCGCCGUGCUGUGAGGAACGCAUAGUGGAAGGGGAAGAGCAACAACAACAGAGUCCACUGCAGCAAGAAGAGCGCAGCCGGCUUGAGGCUUUCAAGCAGGAUGGCGAGAAUAACAACAUCCUUUCCCUGAGCCAGGAGGACGAGAAGCUGCCUGAGCACUUGCAGAUUGGCAAGGAGUUCACCUUCAGGGUCACCGUGCUGCAGGCCAUUGGUAUCUCGAAGGAGUAUGCCGACAUCUUCUCCCAGUUCAACUUUCUGCACCGUCAUGAUGAGGCAUUUUCAACAGAGCCUCUCAAGAACACAGUGAAGGGACCUCCACCUGGGUUCUUCCAUGUUCAGAAUAUCACGGUGACGGUGACCCAGUCAUUUGUGAACUAUCUGCGGUCUCGGCCUAUUGUCUUCGAGGUGUUCGGACACUAUCAGCAGCACCCCUUGCACAGAGAUUCCAGAGAUGCCUGCCAACAACACAGCAGCAUACGUCAGCCACCCCGACGGAUGUUCCCAAGGACACUGCCUAUUUCACAGCCUGUUAGGUCACCAAAGUUCGAUAUACUGCAAUGCCCAAGCACAACGCACAUAUAUGCGAAACACGACGUCCUGGUCUGGUUCGAAAUUUGCGAACUGACACCUAAUGGCGAGUACACGCCGGCCGUGGUCAAUCACAGCGAUGAUGCUCCUUGUAGAGGGACGUUCUCUCUCCACCAGGGGAUUCAGAGGCGCAUACGCCUAACGCUGGUCCACGAGCAAACACCCAAUGUCUGCUGGAAGGAUGUCCGAGAGGUUGUUGUUGGUCGUGUCAGAAGCACACCAGAGUGCGAGGAAGAGGACAACGACACCUCAGUGCUGUCGCUGGGCAUCUUCCCUGGAAGCUACUUGGAGAUGGCUGGUGAUGACAGGACAUUCUACCACUUCGAGGCAGCGUGGGAUUCCUCCUUGCAUAGCUCUCCUCUGCUGAACAGAGUCACUCCUUAUGGAGAGCGAGUUUACUUGACCAUCUCUGCUUACUUGGAGCUGGAGAACUCUGCGCAGCCUGCAAUUGUAACGAAGGACCUGUGUCUUAUCAUCUAUGGACGAGAUGCGAGACUGGCACCAAGGUUGUCUCCGAACGCAAAAUCCCUGCGCCACCUGUUCACUGGUGCCUACAAAAAUGCUGAUGCCAAUCAUGUGACCGGCAUCUACGAGAUGAUCCUCAAGAGAGCGGCAGAUUCAGGUAGCCCGGGGGUGCAGCGUCGGCAGCGCCGGGUGCUGGACACGUCAUCAACGUACGUGCGAGGAGAAGAGAACCUGCAUGGCUGGCAGCCACGAGGGGACUCGCUCAUAUUUGACCACCAGUGGGAACUGGAAAAGCUGACACGCCUCGAAGAGGUGGAGAAGGUGCGGCACCUCCUGCUCCUCCGAGAGAAGCUGGGCCUGGACUUGGGCGGUCCACCCCAGCACCAGGACAUCUGCAAGUGGGAGAAAGAGGCCUGCAACCUGGUGGCCCGUGCCGCGGCUCGGGGCCCCAGCUCCACCCAACAGGCAGCUGCUGCCUCGCAGCUGCCAUCGCCCACCGUGACUUCCUCGGUCGCCGUGACUCCAACCCGCGGCACAGCAGUGGACGAGAGCGUGUAUGCCCCCUGGGAUAUGACGCCUCAUGAGCGGGAGCUGGCCACUCGCACCGUCGGCCUCAUCUUGAGCCACAUUCCCAGCAAACCACCACCUACUGGACCAGGGGCUGCCAAGCAGUCGAACACAGCGAUGACACCUGUUGAAGAGGGAGAUGCAUCAUCUCUCAGUUCCAGCAUGACAUCAAGCUCUUCACAAGACCUGCUUUCACCUGAGAAGCCCUGUACGUCGGUGCCUGAGUCAAUGGAAGCACGAGGACUGCCGAGCAGCUUGGCGCCCCCCGCAGGUCUGAAGCCCGCCUCGCACCCCCCAACCUUUGCUGGAGGAAACCCUUGCUUUGUGGCUGAGGUGGAAGAAGUGCGCCCCAGCCCCAUUGUGUCGCGCAAGGGCUACCUCAACCUUCUGGAUGAUCGCACCGGAAACUGGGUCAAGCGAUGGCUGGUCAUCCGUCGCCCUUAUGUCUUCAUCUACCGUGACGAAAAGGAUUACAUCGAGAGGGAGCUGAUCAACCUAGCCACAGCACAAGUGGAAUACAAUGAGGAGCAGCAGGCCAUGUUGAAGGUCCCCAACACAUUUUCUGUGGUGACGAAGAGCCGUGGAUUCUUGCUCCAGACGCUGGGGGAGAAAGAGAUUCACGAGUGGCUGUAUGCCAUUAACCCACUACUAGCAGGGCAGAUCAGAUCAAAAUUGGCACGAAAACAGAAUGUAGACCUUGGCCUGUAAGUGAUUGAAGCGGCACCCGCCCUGUCCUUGCUACUAAAAGAGGUGGUCCUUGGUUUCUCUCGAGAGGAGCUCACAUGACAGCUUGCAAUAAUUGGGGGAGCUGACACGAGUGAACACCUUAGUUGUUUGAAGCAUGUGUGAUGCCGUUUUUGGUUUUACAAUGGCUCUUAGUAAGUACGGCAGACAGCACUACGCAUUUUCUUGUCCAUUCCUGCUUUGUUUUGCUUUGUUUCAUACUUUUAUCUUUAUUUUUAUUUCUUAGGAAUGGUGUUUUAAUUCUGAUGACACACAUACCGAAUGGGUAAAAAGGUUGUGCACACUACGAGGGUGCAGACGUGAACGCUAGUGAAAUGUGCGCCGGUGGACUUUCUUUCAUAUUUUUCCGCCUUAUUACGAGAUUGAAAAUUAUAUGGCUGCGAGUAUGUAGCACCCGGGCACCUCAGUUUGACCUGUGCCCCUCACAAAAACUAGGUUAUACAUUUAAGCUGCUUAAUGAAUUUAUGCAGUUCGAAACAUUCACCCUUCAGUGCCCUCUUGAUGCAUUGAGAGAGGAAAACAUCAAGCUUUUUAUUGAGCAUCAAAGAAAUGUUUAGUCUUUUUGAACACUGAUCCAGUAUUGUUUGGGUCUUGAUUUUGUGUUCCCAAGUGGUGUCAAAAUCUGUGCUUGCUUUUUUUUUAACCAUACAUGUACAAUUCACUGACGUUCAUUGUGGUAGGAGCAGCCGUAGUGUUCUGCUACAUGCAGCAAGUGUGUAAAGAGUUGUUUUUGUUGUAAUUGUUUUAAUGUAAACUCCUUCAUUCCUGUAUACUUUACACAUACACACGCAUACAUAUAUAUAUAUGUAUAUUUAUAGGAACCUCUGUUUCCAUAUCACAUAGGUCUGCUAUUUAUAUGAAUGUAUAAAAUGCUAAAAUGGAUAUUUUACCCUGUUUGAAAAGGCACAUAACCCUGUGAAGUUUAUUUACAUGAGUUGUUCGCUUUUUGGAGUGUUUUUAUUGUAGAGAGGAGAUGGCCGUUGAUUAUCACGAUGGCUGCUCGGCAUAGCUUUAGUGUACGUAGUUAUGAUUGUGGCAAGGACUCUCGGGUUCUACAAGUUUUCUAUACAUAUGAAAUCAACCUACGAAGGAAAAAAAAAGAAGACAACAAGAAAGGCACGCUGUGAUGAUUAUUAGCUUCGGAGCUUUCUGUAUAUAAUAACGACAGCACACUUUUUCCUGUCUCCUUUACGUGCAACUCUUCUGACGUUCAUUGCCUUGCGCCCGACCGAUUGUACAUGUAGUUUCGAUCGAUCUUGCUUUUGUUUUCUUUCUCUCUUUGUGUGCUUUAAAGGAUUUGAAUGAGUGUGCAGGGCAUUGCAAAACGAGUAUGCAAGAGUGGUUUGUGUGACAGUGUCUCACUUAUGCAGUUGGCUUGCGUCGUUGCAUGGGGUUCAUCUGUCGCUAGAGCAACAUGCCUAGCAAGUACACCUUUCUGGGCUUGCAGAACACCCGCACAAUUGAAGCACUCUCACACUUGAAGGUGUACGAGAAAGAGAGGUUGAGAGAGAGAGAUGUGCUUUCGAAACUGCUUUCGUGCUUUGGAGAGCACCGUUCUUUUCUUUCCCACCAGCCAUGCUGUGCAGCUUAUUUCCUAUUGCUGCUCGCUCUGGCAUGGAUCACUCCUGCAUACUGUUUAGUGUACAUAACCUAUUUUUUUGCGUCGGUAUGUAAAUCUGUUAUGUGUAUAUACAAUGUACUUUCAUUACCCGUGUACUACGACACGCCUAUAGCAUGCGACACUCUGGACCUCGGUGUUUUCAGGUUGUUUCUCACGCGCUAUCGCUUAUGCAGUGGUUCCCGAUCAGUGCUAUCACAGUUAUAUGCGCACUAUCUUGUCGCUCCUCAUGUGGAGAGCACGGCCUUUUGCCAACUUGGUGUACUGAUCAUGUUCAGGGUUUUUCUCUCUCCUCGAGGCUUGCAAACAAAAUGAAAUAAGAAAUAUCAAAUGAUGCUGACUGGCAGUUUAGUUUCAGCUGGGCAACUACUUCUAGGUGGGGUUUUGAUGCACACUGUUUCAAUUUUUUUAUUUUUUUAAAAUUUACUCUCGGGUGAAUGCGUGGAUGUUUUGCGACUUUUCAAAUCAAAGAGCCUUAAGAUUGUCGUAUGUAAGGAAGAAUGGCAUAACAUUACCUAGAGAACGGUGACAGUUUAACUUGUGCUGUAGCACGUUACUCUCAAUAGCUGCAGUCAACUGAAGUAAAAAUUAUCACAAACUAUGGGCCAUUUUAUUUCCAUUACUGCUUCCCAGCAUGACAAUAUUAAAAAGCAGGGAGCACUAUUUUUCUCCUUAAUGAUCAUAAAACAGAAAAAGAAAGAGAGAUACAUGCGGGAGAAAAAAGUCACAAACCAGUAAACUUCCAGGUGUUCCCAAUUAUUGUAAUAAUAAUCUUAAGACCCUAUUGUACGUAGUCGGCAGUGUGCUGUGUUUCGCAAUACAUCCACACCCAGAGGCAUAAUGUCAUGGGGGCUUCUUCCAGGCUAAUGAAACUCUUUACACUGCUUAUCUUGCAUUCAGCACUGGAGGUAGCUAGAGAAGUUUAUGAAUCCGUUGCCUUUCACUGUGCAAUUUUGAUAAGGCAUUAACUGCAAUGUUAGGUGCAAAACGAAACUGAGAGCGAUAGUGCACUGGUAAUAUUGGUGAGAAGGAUUUGAGUGCCUGAUUCUCAGUUUGACACAAACUUCAGCAAGCCUGUUGUGCACUUGAGAGCUUGCUUUAUAUCGAGAUGCACUUUAGCAGAGAGGGUGAUAAGAAAUUGUGGCAGCACAUGUACUGUAUAUGACAAAAAUGAUGGCUUGGCAAGACAGGAGGUUGCAGUCGAGGCUGAUGAGUUACCUUGUAACAUUAUUAUUUAAUCAUGAGUGAGAUGUGCCUGCAAAUUCAUGCCUGCGAUGUUUGCAGGCACGAAUGUUUUCCCUGGGCGUCAUAAACAGUCACCGAUGCUUCAUUUAUGUUGUAACUCAGAAAUAUGAAGAGGAAUUUGCUACAAACUCUCAUUACUAGAAUGCUGCUCCAUUAGUAUGAAAGCCUUAUGGCAUCUGCCAUCACAUGUUGUGCACCAUGCCCAUGCUUGACACUUCAUACGCACGCUGUGCUGCCACGUUCGCAUAAGUACACAGUUUAAGUAAAUUUACUGUGUAGUAUUUAGACUAGCAGAGACGAGUACAGCCUUAGUCAAAUGAAACUGGACCACUACAAGCACGAGUGUUGCCGAGUCCUGGCUUUAUUGCAUUGUGCCUGUGGAACAUACAGCACAAGAAAGAGCCUGCACCUCCAUGUAGCACUUUGAAAUGGUGCGGAUGCAACAGCUCAUCUAGAUGCUCACAGAUCACGGCUGUGAUCAUGUGCACAGUGCCCUUAUUCCUUUCGACAAAGGCUGUAACUAGCGCAGUGAAUGUGCAACUUGUCAGCAAUUCUUGAGACCAAGUGUACUAAAAUUCCCGACCAGAAAUUGUAGAUUUGGUCCUAGCUAGCAAACAAUGUGACUGGAAGUGCAGGGAAACUUAUUCUCUUUUCUCUCGCCUGUAUUUUUAAUCAGCAGCCCAAGCAACUGAUGGCAUGGUGCAUGCUACUUCGCCACACCUUAUGAAAGGAAUGUCUGCAUUUUUUUUUUCAAGGGAUCUGAAAGAGAGUGAAAGGCACUUUAUACUUCCUUAUAAUGCUCCCACUUGUAUGGUUAGUCAAUGUCCACUGCUGCCUUAAUGAUAGUAUGAGAAGCUGAAAUGCAGGUGUAAUCUUAAAGCCAGUCAUAAUGGCUGGCCUUCUUGUGGACGGUGCAUUUAUUCUCAUGAAUAGGUGCGCAGUAAAUCCAGCACUCCUGCUACUCUUGAUUUGUUGGUAGUAAAACCAAUGCAUCAGAUCGUAAGAAUGCUAGGAGGCAGAUUUUUACUGAAUUGCAGUUUGAAUGAUUUGGUCUUGUAAUUCGCGGUUCCCCAUCACAGAGCUUCCGUCAGGGGGCUGCCUGGUUUGACAAGCAGUGCUUGCAAGCGAGUUUAAGCAAACAUUCCAUUCCUCAGUGUGACGUGUGACACUAGUGCUAGCAGACCUCACAUGUAAGGCAUAUGGAAGCAACAAUAAACAGCACACCUGAGAGAUCCUGUAUGAAGAAGAAAAAACAAAACAAAACAAACGCACUAUACAAACAAAACAGAGAAGGAAGUUGCUCAAGUUCAGACCAAGCAGACUGAUAAGACAUGCUGUCGAGAUAUUGCUAAGUGAAACUGCGGCAAAUUUGAGCAUAAUUUCUCAGACUCUAUUACUUUUUCUUUUUGCAGAAUUUUUUUUUUUUGUCAUGAGACGUUUGUCAUCUGAUGAAGGCUCUUGUUUAAGUCAAAUAAAUACAGAAGUUUUAGCGCUUAUGUUUUUGAACUUGUACAGGCAUAACAUCCCAGUUCCUGCAGUUGUGAAAGGGGCCUCCAGCGGAAGGUUGUCAGCUUUUUGCAACACAAAAGUCGUAAUGUUCAACCUAGCUGGAGGAGACAGUCAUUUCUUUUUUUUUGUCAUGACUGCAACAGUGAACAUGCCUGUACAGCGCAGCUAGUCAUUUUUGUUAACUUUAUACCUGUAUAAAGCUAGCGUGCACAAUUUUUUUUACUAUUUGUGACUCUUUAAGCAGUUUACUUUGUCAUAUUUUCAAAAGAUAACACAGACAUUCUUUUUUUAUGGAAACAUCUCAUGGCAGCAGUUCUAUCCUACACUUAACAAGCUUAUGGUAUAUUGUUCAAGCCAGCGAAAGAAAACAUAAGCUGCAAGAUGUAUGUCACAGAGGUGUGGUAGCAAUGCCAUCGAAAAGAAAUGUAUGGUCAUCCGCGCUGGCAGCAUAGGUAUUUUUACCUGUGCUCUGAACUGAUUUCACGGUUACUGUCUUGUUUACAAAUUUGUAACUUGUCUUUAAAUAUCCAAGGGAAGUACAGUGCUUGCUGCAGUAUAAGCACCGUUGCUUAGCGCAGGUAGAUGUGCGAAAACUUCGGAACCGCUCUGAACGUUGUCUACAUGAGCUCGUGUGAAUGAUGUGGUUGCACUUACUUGAGCUAAUAACAUUUUAAAAAGAAAGGUGAAAUGGGUAAAUGAACUGUCAAUUAGUGGCUAGGCAUUAUUGUGCUGUUUUACACAGCAGACAAAGCAAUGACCCUCGUCAAUCCCUUCAAGCUACUCAUUCUGAAUUAUUUUAUCUGUUGACACUGCUUGUGGUGGUGUGUUCCUUUGUCAUCUUGUGUGCACUGGUGCAAUUUUUACUUUUUCAGAGCACUCCAUUCUUCUUAUCUGUAUGACCCUCUUUGUGUGAGGAAUAGCUAUCCACUUGCUUUUACCAAAACAUUGUUUGAACCUGUGGUCUCAAAGUGUGCUUGUUCUCAUUGUGAGAAGGUGUAAUGACAUACUACAUUAAGCAUGCCUAGACUGAAAAGAAGAUGCUCACUAUGGCAUGAAAGGUUGGACAACACCUCUAGGGACCUUUAAAUGAAUUCCUACAAACGUCUUUACCAGCAUAAGCUAAAUCAUUUUAAAAAUUAACAUCACAAAGAAGAGCACUUCAUAUGAUGUCCAAUGCCUUCUCUCAUGUAGACCUCAUUCUAUAUGGUAGCAGCAAAACAAGCAAAAAGAGAUCUAGCAUAUCUUACCAACAGGGACUGCCGAGACAGAAAUGUAAACAUGUGUGUUGUAUGACCUUCUCAAGAUGAAAACAAGAUUCUGUCUCGGAAAAUCUCUGUCUGUAUUCGCUCUUUGCUUACAGCUGCAAUUCCAAAAGUGUACAAGUUUGGGCUGGUUGUAAUGAUUUUUCAGUGUACAUCAAUAUGGUGGACACGGAAAGGGUCAAACGUACACAAUAAUGACGUCUGUGAGUCUGCCCUGUGAUGUACUAUUAGCACUAGGUCAAAUGUGAACAGCAGAGCGAUUUCUGUGUACGUACAGUCGCAAGCAAAAGUCUGGGGGCUAUGGCAUCAGCAAAAAAUUAAAGUAUCUUCUGGAGCAGCUCCGCGGCCUGGAAUUGGUUUAUUACAUUGUAUUCAUCAAACACGCACAUGCAGACUUGCACUCUUGAUUUUACCUUUUAUUUCAGCCAGAAUGUCUAGGCUGCAAUAAAAAACAACAAAACUGCGGCACCUUUGGUCCACAAACUUUUGCUCGUGACUGUACUAAUAGUGCUGAUUGAAUUGUGAACAGCAGAGCGAUUUUUUUUUUCGCAUAGUGAAAAGCGCUGAGUACUUAGAUUUUUGAUCAACUCUGGUACAUCAUAAGCUUUGCUUAUCACACAUCAGAGUUGGUUGUGAAUCAUCAUGCCCACUGCUUUGUGUUAGUUAGCAUGGAAGCUUGAGCUUGUUGGUGAUUCGUCAGAUGAAAGUACACAGCGCAAAGAGACAGGGACAUGAGAGAGUGACACGCACACAGCACUGUUAGAGUGUGCAAAAACCAAGUGCUUUGCUGUCCUCAUUUCAAUCUGUGUCAACAGCAUGUUUGCCCCUUGUCGUGGCCACCGUCUUGUGACACCUCUCUACCUUUUUUAUCUGAGCACAGUGAUAGCGUGUUGUACACAAUGGCAUCUACUGUGUAUAAAUUGUGUCUGUGCACUCGUUUCUGAAGUCUGGAUCAAGUCACUGUGCUCUGCCAAUCGCAUGCGACUUUUUGAGACAAAGCACAUUCGAAGGCGAAAGUCUGGGUUGGCCAAGGCAAAAGAAAAAUUUGAAAAAAGGAAAGAGCUCUAUAUUACUGCCGCAUCUUAAUUCUUUGUGGAAACAUGUGCAGUCUGUGUUCAACAUGUACAGCUGUGACUUGCAUUGUGUAGCCAUCAUAAAGGGCCAAUUGUUUUGGGUGGUGAAAGAAAAAGACAAUGAGAACAAUCUAGUACUAUAAAUUUAAAGAAUGCUGUCCCCCCAACUCUGGAUUUUUUGUCUGUCACUUUCAAGAUGUUAUUGUCUGUUGGUCGCGCUGACUAAAGAAAACAAUGAUGAACACUGUGAUUUGUUGCAUUAAAGGCAGCCGUUUCUCCCUUCUUGAGUUUUUCAAAUAAAGCUCAAGGCUGACUGUGCA